AUGGCCCUUUCCGUACGUGCGACACAAGCGGCGACAGGGGCAACACGGAGAGUUACCAAACUCAGGGCCUUGAUAACGUCAAUUAUCUGUGAACAGAGGCUGUCCGAGGUGCCGGAAUGUCGCCCCUUUAUUCGAGCAACUGAAUUCGCCCCGCUGAACGGCGGAGGGCGCCAGUCUUCGCUGAAGAAGCCCUGGCUUUCCCCGUCGGCCUCCUCCGUGAGAUCGGAAGUUCCGCUGCCUGCUGGGGCACACCUUCAGGCACCUCCCCUAGAGGCAGAUCGCUCUCAUGAUCAGUCCGACGACACCUUCACUUCCUCUGCAGCGCAUGCACUGAGAUGCGUGGCGCAGGCCUCCUGCGACCGUCGCGCCCAUCUUUCUCGACGGAGCGUCGUGGGCCGAACGCUGGCGUGUCUUGCGGCUGCAGGAAUGGCAGACGAUGCGCGGUCCUUGCUAGAUGCAUGCAAUGGAAGAAGGCGGACUAUCCGCGUGGAGCUAAAGACCAGCGAUGCUGGUUCUGGGGUGCAUGUCGACGGCGCUCGCCCACAUAGCCGGAGCUCUGAAGGACCCGCCGCCGCUGCGCUUGCGCCGUUGGCGUGCAAGGCAUCAGGAAACUCUGGGACCGUAGAUAUGCUCAUCGAUGAAUGUCCACUUUAUGCGUUUUCCGAUCUGGUGGGCGCGCUGAUAGGCUUGGAACUGAUAGACGCGAACGCGCUGGAGGCGCUGAAGAGACGCAUUCAAAGGGAUGAGCGCUGUUUCACAGCGCGGACGUUGACGUAUCUGUCUCUGUCUGCAAAGGAGCUGCCCUCCCCCUUGGUUGCCGAGUACCAUGAGACCUUGUGCGCGGCAGUCUCGAGCUGCAUAUCGAGGCGGCCACAGGAGUUCGUCCCUCGGCUCAUUGCUAGGCUCGCGAAUGCUUACUCCCGCCACAGUUCGCGUCCGCACAUCCAGCAGAUUCUGGAACGGCUGCAGAAAGUGAUGCUGGAUACGCUUGAUGACUUCGAUGCCCCUGAUCUCGUGCUUGCCAUGUGCGAAUUCGGGAAAGUGGACGCGAUCAACGGACCCGCGCUGUUUUCAGCCGCGCUGCCACGCUUGCGCUUCCUUGUCCCGUCCUUCACCCCCGUAGACAUGGUCAUGCUGUUAGCGACGCUCGAAGGUGUCUGCAUGAAGACGUCGCCUGACGCCCUCCCUGCAUGGCCGUCCACUGGCCCUAUACGGGAGCUUGCCGGCGCUGUGUUGGGUCGGAUUUGCGAGGAGGGCCCCGCUUGCUUGCGGCAAGAUGGCAGGUCAGUGUGCCGGCUGCUGGACAUCGUUUCCCGCAUGCCUCGAGAACAGGUGGAGGGCGCGGUGUUUGACGCCGUCUGUGCAUAUGUUUGGACAGUGGAAAAGACCCUGGUUGAGAGGCAGUUGAUUGAGAUUAUGAAUGCGUGCACGCGUGUUCAGCGGACGCCGCCUGAUAGUCUCGUCGUGACCGUGUUCUCAGCCGCCAGGCGGUUGAUUUUUACGUGUGACCCAAAAUACGUGGCGCUGUUUUGGAACGCGCUACCUGCCUUUCUUCGUGUUGCAUUUCUCGAGUACUCCACAGAUGACGCACGCGUUGUUCGGCUUUCCCCUGGAGUUGACGAGACAACAGUGGGUACCGUGAGGCGAAGGAAACCGAUACGAGAGACGCUGCUUUCUCUUUCAGACUUAAAAAGCCACGCCGCUCCCUCUGCAUCCGCUGUUUCGUCUGCCGCUCAAGCCGAGCUCCCCUCGGCUUGCAUCCAGCGGGCUCCUCACGGGGAUGAGCAGGCGGAAGGCUACUACCGUGGAAGCGGCAAGGCGGACUCUCGGAGCGGUACACCUCACCAAGGUGAAGCGGAAGCACCGCUGCACAGCCGAAAUGCGUCGACACCAGAGGACGCACCCGCGCUGGCCACGCGUGUCAUUUCGGAGCUCUGCGCUCACGUGGCAGGGGCAGGAAAGGCUUGCAGAUCACAGCAGCCGCUGGCGACGGUCGGCGAAGUUUCCAGCGGUUCCUGGCCUGCGCUGCAGCCGCGGGACGUCGCGAUGAUACUGAAUGCAAUGAGCAGAAUGGAGCUUCUACAUCUGCAUUCCCUUCAAGCGUAA